UGUGUGUGUGUGUGUGUGUGUGUGUGUGUGUGUGUGUGUGUGUGUGUGUGUGUGCGCUCUGCUCUCGGCCAAGUCGGUCUGUGGCAGAGUGCGUCGCUCGGCCAAAGUCAGUUGGUGCAAUACGGGCCUAGAAUGAGCUGCUCCACGACAGCGACAGCUCCAAAAGCCUCAGGAACUUGAAAAGAAUUUGUUAGUUGUUUUUUUUUGUACACCUCGUUAAACAAUUUUUUUGAUGGUGACUGCAACAAGUGGCAAAUUGAAUUGAAAAGUGUUUUGAAUUCGAGUGAAGAUGCUGUGGCCAAGUGCAUGAGGAUUAUGAUGCAGUUGCUCUUAGUGUUGUGCAUGCUGUUGGCGUUGGGGCAACCACAGCAGCUGCUGCGUCGCAACAUCAUCAAGGUGCGCGCCAGCGGCUUUCUGCCCUUCGAAUCGGAUCUGCUGCUGCCGCUGGGCAUACUCCGUCAACUGCAGGCUCAGGAUCGCGCCUCUCGCCUGCUUCCAUCGCCUCAACAACAGCUCUAUCGCAAGUCCAAGCCAAAGCAGAAGCCACCCAAGCCGAAGGUGAAGCAACAGGUGCGCUUAGAGCGAGCCAAGGCGAAUGCAGGGGGGGCGGGUGUGCAGAUGUACAAUCUGAUCGAUGACGAUGGCGAGCUGCUGCUCAAUCUGCGUGUGCACAACGAGAUGAGUCACAUUGAUCAGCAUCUGGAUGCGGCGCCGCAGAGCAGCAAUCAUCGAUUCGAGGAGGCGGAAUUGGCCACGCCUUGGCGUCCCUCAAAGUGGCGACCGACAGCGCGGCCGCCGUUGACGCUGACGCUGACGUCGUCGUCGCCGCGGCCGCUGCCCCUGCAUCAGUAUCUCAGCAGCAACAGCCUGGAGCAAUCGCAACAACAAUCGUUAUCGUUAUCGCAGCUGCAGUCGGCGACGCCGACGCCGACGACGACGCAGCAGCAGCAGCGACGCGUGUUUGGCGGCAGACAAGAUUGGCGCAGCUAUCAGUAAAGCUCAGUUUUAA